UUUUUAUAAUAAAAUAUUUCACAUCGUUUGUGAUGCGCAGGUUUAACCAGAAACAUGAUCACGAAGUAAUUUAAAGAUUAUGCGUAUAUCGUUUCUCUUACUUGAAUUAAAACUGUACGUUUAGAAAUAGUAUAUUAACGUAAUUAUAUUUAGAUUUGAUUAUUAUAGAUAUGGAAGUAGUUAGAAGUAUAUGGAAAAAUCCUGUUUUAUUAUAUAAAACCGGACUACGAGCAUCAUUUAGAAAUAGUAGCAGUUCUGCAUCAAAAGUAACAAAAAAAGAAGAUGUUUCUAUACAAGACAAUGAUUUACAAUUAUCAAAUAUAAAUACAGAUAUAAGUACACAAAAUGAUGUAACAUUUAAUGCUCUUGUUUCAACUGAAGAAUUAUUAGCACAAAUAGGAUUGGCAAGGGAAUUUGCAACAGAUAGUAAAGUUGAACAUCCUUAUGUUGAUAAAUUAAAAAGAGUGCAAAUGAUUUUAUUUGAUUUAAGUCAUGCUAUAUUAAAACCGAUGCCAGGAAAAAGUAAAGCAUUUGAAAGUAAACAUAUCAAUGAUUUGGAAGAAUGGAUAGCAGAAUAUGCCAAUCAACUACCACCUCAAGAAACUUAUAUUAUUCCAGGUGGUGGUAAGGCUUGUUCUACAUUACAUUCAGCGAAAGCAGUAUGCAAACGAGUAGAAAGAAAUGUUGCAUUUUUGGUUCAAGAUGGUUUAUUGAAUAAAGAAGCACAAAUAUAUCUAAAUAAAUUACAAAACUUCCUACUAACAACAUCACGUAUUGCAGCCAAAUGUGAUCAACGUACAGAAAAUAUUUAUAUUCCUAGAGUAGAAGUUGAAAAAAAUGAGGAAAAGUAAAACUCAUGAAAAAAAUUUGUAGAUUAUUUUUCAUUAUUUUUAUUGUAAAAAUAACAUAACAGUCAAAUAUUGUAUGCAAAAUUUAUGCGGUAAUAUUUUUUCUAAAUGUAUCUUCAUAGUAAAUAAGUUGUAAAUAUUCUUUAAUGAAAUUAUAAGUAUCAGUUACUGAUUAUAUUCUAUUAUUGUAUUAUUAAAUGUACAUAGUAAUUAAAACAUUAAGUAAUUAUU